GAUAACGAACAGAAAACCAAUCAGUAAAGUCGAGUAUGAUACUCUCUAACUCCAUCUCCUUUUCUACUUUCCUCCGUUUCAAUGACCAGCAACAGCUCUAUCCCCAAAAUACUCAAUUUCUGAAAUUGCAUAGCCCGCAAUUGAAGAAGCACAGAGGCUUAUCAGUCGUAACUCGGGCAGGAGGUGGAAUAAGUUCGAGCAGUUAUAUAUUUGCUUUAGUAUUCCCACUUUCACUCCUUGCUAUAACUAUCUUCACUUCUGCCCGUAUUGCUGAUACUCUCGACCAGAAAUUCCUCGAAGAGGUUGCAGUGAAUGAAACAAUAAGGGAAGGCGAGGAAGAUGAUGGCAGCGCGGUCACUCCGUUAGAGGAAAAACCUGCAACUCCUCGCACACGCAAUCGACCCAAACGGGAAGUCGAACCUUCAUCCAAGUAGUCUUCAUUUGUAUAGGUGAAACAAUAAUCUACAGAGUGGUUUCUUGGUCCAAUUUGGCAUAAUUGGCUACAAAAAUGUCUUUAUUCAGCAACAUUUUUAUUACGUUCUGUGAUCUAAUUUGAAAUGUAACGGUAUAUGUGUAUGAAGAGCUAUUUUUUUUUUACCAAGAUAUUGCCAACUUCGCAUA